GACGAAGAAAACGCAUCCCAGAACCAAGCACGUCCUUUACCUCUCUCUUCUCUUCCUCUCUCUCAGACGGCAGAACCCUUCGUCCAAAAUCUUUGACGUCCGAACCCUUCGCUCUUAGAUCUCUUCCUCUCUCUCAGGUUUGAGAAUCACCGUCUGCCAGUUCUCUUCCUCUCUCUCAGAUCGGCGUUUUGGACAGAGUCACUGAGCUCGGCCGCUUCGAACCAGGGGAAGAUAUAUUGGACGGCCGAACCCAUUGUUCUUAGAUCUCUUCCUCUCUCUCAGAUUUGAGAAUCACCGUCUGCCAGUUCUCUUCCUCUCUCUCAGAUCGGCGUUUUGGACGGAGUCACUGAGCUCGGCCGCUACCCACUUUUCAGCUUCGAACCAGCACACAACAUACUGCUUGGAGGAUCUAUCACCGACUUUGGGUGACCACAUAAUUUCUAUGUUCUUCCGGAAGGUGUAUUGCUUGCUAUUAAUAUUAACUCAUCAUCUUGUGGAAUGAAAGCCUUGGCCCCUCUUUAGGCUGUUUGUUGGACUCAUUUUGCCUCUGAAGUACUCUCACUCCCAAAGUCCAAUCUAUCUUCAUUUUCCUAUUCUCUCUUACCUCCAUCUUUGUUUUUCUUAUCUCUUAUUGAUACAAUAGUUAUUUGGUUGCUUUUCUACUUGCACAAAAAUCCAAAAAAAAAAAAACCACUAGAACAAAAAUGGCGGAGAAUAUCGUUAUUUCAGUUGUUGCAAAAAUAGCAGAAUACACUGUUGCACCUGUUGGUCGGUGGCUAUGCUAUUCAUUUCACUUCAACAGCAACAUAGAGAAUCUGAAGACUCAGGCAGAGCAUUUGCGGGAGGCUAAAGACAUGGUGCAACACUCAGUUGAUGUUGCUGUAAGAAACGAAGAGGAAAUUUAUCCUGUUGUUAGCACGUGGUUGACAGAUGUAGAUCGUAUUACAGAAUUGGCCACCAGGAGACUUCGUGAAAGCGAAGAAGAAGCAGGUACGAGGAGCUCUAAUGCAGCUUGCCUAAACUUGAAACAACGGCAUCGAUUAAGUCGGGAAGCAAAGAAGAUCGUGGAAAGUAUUGCCCAACUUUUUGCCAAUGGAAAGUUUGGAAAAGUUUCGAAUCCUACUCUUCCUUCAGAAGAAAUGGUCUACAAAGGCAACAUAGAGAACCUGAAGAAUCAGGAAGAGGAGCUGCAACAUGCGCGAGAAAGGGUGCAACUCUCGGUUGUUGCUGCUUCAAGAAAUGGUGAGGAAAUUUAUUCUGAUGUUAGCAAGUGGUUGACAGAUGUAGAUCGUAUUACAGUAUUGGCCACCAAGAUACUUCGUGAAAGCGAAGAAGAAGCAAGUACGAGGAGCUCUAAUGCGGCUGGCCUAAACUUGCAGCAACGACAUCAAUUAAGUCGGGAAGCAAAGAAGAUUGUGGAAAAUAUUGCCCAACUUUUUACCAGACUUCAUAACAAUGGAAACUUUGAAAAAGUUUCGAUUCCUACUCUUCCUUCAGAAGAAAUGGACUACAGAAGCAACAUAGAGAAUCUGAAGAAUCAGGAAGAGGAGCUGCAACAUGCUCGAGAAAGGGUGCGACCCUCAGUUGUUGCUGCUUUAAGAAAUGGUGAGGAAAUUUAUUCUGAUGUUAGCAAGUGGUUGACAGAUGUAGAUCGUAUUACAGAAUCGGCCACCAAGAUACUUCGUGAAAGCGAAGAAGAAGCACGUACGAGGAGCUCUAAUGCGGCUGGCCUAAACUUGCAACAACGACAUGAAUUAAGUCGGGAAGCAAAGAAGAUCGUGGAAAAUAUUGUCCAACUUUUUGCCAAACUUCGUAACAAUGGAAACUUUGAAAAAGUUUCGAAACCUCCUACUUUGCAAAACAUGGUACCUAAGCAAAGCAAGGAUUACAUGAUCUUGGGUUCGAGGAUGUCAGUUAUAAAGAGAAUUAUGGAGGCAUUGAGAGAUGGUAGUUUCAACAGGAUCGGCGUGUCGGGGUUGGCUGGAGUUGGAAAGAGUACAUUGAUGAAAGAAAUUUGCAGGCAAGUCAAGGAAAAAAGGUUAUUCGAUGAGGUGGCUCUGGCAGAAGUGACAAACAGCCCCAACCUAUGUCGAAUUCAAGGAGAAAUUGCAAGCAUGCUAAAUUUACAGUUCGAUUCAAAUGAAACAAAAAGCAAAAGAGCAGAUCGUCUAGAGAAGAGGUUAAAAAAUGGCAAUGAGAUACUCGUAAUCUUGGAUGAUAUAUGGAUGGAACUUGAUUUGAAAGAAAUAGGAAUUCCUUCUGGAGGAUGCAAACUACUACUGACAUCCAGAGAUCAACGGGUACUAGCUUCUCGUAUGGACACCGAAAAGAACUUCAAACUCGACAUUUUAGGGGUAGAAGAAGCAUGGACCUUAUUUGAAAAGAUGGCAGGUGUUUCUUUCAAAGAUGAUCCUCGUUUGCAGAACGAAGCAAUUAAGGUAGCUAAAGAGUGUGCGGGUCUUCCGAUUGCACUUGUAACAGUUUCUAAGGCAUUAAAGGAUCAUAAGGAUUUGAGUAUCUGGAAGGAUGCCCUGGUGCAACUAAGAAGGCCCCCUCCAGAACAUGACACAGAAAUAUGGUUACCUGUAUAUUCUUGUAUAAAGUUGAGUUAUAAACAUCUUGUUGGUGAAGAGAUCAAAUCCCUCUUUUUGCUUUGUGCUCAACAAGGUUAUGUCAUCUCCUAUCAGGACUUGUUGAGAUAUGGUUUUGGUUUGCGUUUAUUCCCUGGCGCUUAUACGAUGGAAGAUGCAAGCAACAGACUAAAAGGAUUAGUUUUGAAACUCCAAGAUUCUUGUUUGCUAAUACAAAGUCCACAUAGCUCCAAGGAAUUUUACAUGCAUGAUGUUGUUCGUCAUGUCGCUACAAUGAUUGCGUCAAAUGAUCGUAAUAUGUUUGUCAUGAGAGGCAAUGGUGGGCAAACAACAUGGGCAUUUGGGGAUGCACUAAAAACAUGCGAGGUGCUCUCUAUUCAUGGUGCACAUCAUAUCCAUAAAUAUCCCAAUAAAGUAGAAUGUCCUAAAUUAAGAUACUUUCAUGUUCAGUGUAAAGAUUCAUAUUUGAAUUCAUAUUUGAAAUGGCCAAUCGAAGACAUUAUCUUCCAAGGGAUGAACAUGCUCGAAGACAUUAUCUUCCAAGGGAUGGACAAGCUCGAAGUUCUGAGUUUAACAAAGAUACGACUUUCAUCUCUUUGGCCACUUACAAAGCUACAAACAUUGUGUCUACAUGAAUGUGAGCUGAUGGAUAUUCAUGUGAUUGGAGAACUCAACACUUUAGUAAUUCUUAGUCUUGCUCGUUCUUCCAUUUCAAAUUUGCCAAGUGAAAUAAGGUUGUUGACUAGUUUGCGGUUAUUGGAUUUGACUUAUUGUGUUAGACUUAAGGUGAUUCCUCCUAAUGUCUUGUCAAGCUUGGUCAACUUAGAAGAGUUGUAUAUGCAAGGAAUCAAAGUCCAAUGGGAGGUUGAAGGACCCAGAAAUGAAGGACAAAAUGCUAGCCUUGCAGAGCUAAAGAAAUUGUCGCACUUGACCACUUUAGAGAUGGAUAUUUCGGAUGCCAACUAUAUACCGAAAGAUUUGUUUACUGAAAAGUUUGAGAGAUACAAGAUAUGCAUUGGAGAUAUCAAGCCAUGGGACACAUUAUUUACGGUAGAGGCAAUCUCAAGAGCGUUAAAAUUCAAGAAUAUGAGCUUCCAAUUGGACUUUGAGAUCAAAAUGCUACUGAAAAGGACAGAAUAUCUUCAUUUAGACAGCUCGAACUGUACUAAGAGUGUCUUAUAUGAAUUAAAUAGAGAGAAUUUUCAAAAACUGAAGCAUCUCCAUAUCCAAAUCAAUGGGGAUAUUAAGCGUAUCCUUGAGUUGAGGACACCAGCUGUUGCCUUUCCUAUCCUGGAGACAUUUGUUUUGAAAGAUAUGUUCAGCUUGGAAGAAAUUUGUCGGGGCAAACUUCUGUUGUCAUCCUUCAAAAACUUGAAAGUUUUAAAAGUGGUUAACUGUGAUAAAUUAAGAUUUAUCUUCUCAUCAUCUAUAGUCAGAGGCCUUUCACUACUUGAAGAAUUGAACAUAACAAGCUGCAACAACAUGGGUGCAAUAUUCGUGAAAGAAGAAGAAGACGGAAUAGAAGAUCAUGGAGAUAUGAUGGUGUUCGGUCGACUUCAAACCUUGGUGCUAAAUGAUCUUCCAAAGCUCGUGGGCUUCCUAAGCACAAAAGAUUCAUUAAUGGCUGAUUGUAGAGAAACCAAUUCAGAGGGCAACCAUGAUCUUCAGUUGCCACUUCUACAUCAUGAUCAGGUUUCCUUUCCAAGCUUGCAAACACUGUGUAUGUGGGGUCUACCCAAAAUAAAGUACGUAUGGAGCUGUGGACAAGAACCCAAAACAGUUUUCUCAGGUCUCGAGCAAUUGCAAGUACUUGAGAUUGAGGAUUGUGGGGUGGAGGAAAUUGUUGCAUUUGAAAGAGGAGGAGAAGCAGUAGCAAUUAUUGAGAUUGAGGAUUGUGGGGGGGAGGAAAUUGUUGCAUUUGAAAGAGGAGGAGAAGCAGUAGCAAUUAGGACUUUGAUGUUCCCUCAAGUAACUAAGUUGAAGUUUAGAAAUUUACUGAAACUCAAGUGGUUUUACAAAGGAGUGCAUGUUUCAAAAUGGCCAAUGCUGAAAGAGAUGAAAAUUGAAAGAUGCGAGAAAGUGGAGAUAUUUGCUUCAGAAGUUGUGAGUUUUGAAAAAACAGUUAAAGAUCAAAGGCAGUUUGAGAUGUCCAAUAUUAAACAACCCCUUUUCUCGGUGGAUGAGGACUCAUUCCCUAGCUUGGAGACACUGUGGAUUUCUGAUUGUCAAGAGUUGUUUCAUGUCUUUCCAACGGCAAUAUUAAUGCGAAGUCUAACUGAUCUACGAAUACAAUUCUGCAGUUCUUUAGAAAUUAUAUUUGGAAAGCUGGAUGGACAAAAUGGUAAAGAGCCACAAGUUUUAAUAUCCCCAGGGUCAAGAACAGAAGAAAGUGGAGCAAUAACAAAUUUUGCAUCAACAGUUUCCUUUCCUAGCUUGCAAACACUGCAUAUGAAGUAUCUACGCAAGAUAAAGCACAUAUGGAGUGAAUAUUCCAAAACAGUUUUCAAUUUUCAAAGUCUGCAAAACAUAAAUGCUUGCAGAUGUGAGAGUCUGAAAAGUUUAUUUCCAAUCUCGAUCAUCAGAUGUCUCGAGCAAUUGCAAGUACUUGAGAUUGAGAAUUGUGGGGUGGAGGAAAUUGUUGCAGUUGAAGGAGGAGGAGGAGAAGCAAUUAGGACUUUGGUGUUCCCUCAAGUAACCCAGUUGAAGUUUAGCGAUUUACCGAGACUCAAGUGGUUUUGCCAAGGAGUGUAUGUUACAAAAUGGCCGAUGCUGAAAAAGAUGAAAAUUGUAAGAUGCGAAAAAGUGGAGAUAUUUGCUUCAGAAGUUGUGAGCUUUGAAAAAACAGUUAAAGAUCAGAGGCAGUUCGAGAUGUCCAAUAUUAAACAACCCCUUUUCUUGGUGAAUGAGCACUCAUUCCCCAGCUUGGAGACACUGGAAUUUUUGUACAUGGGUUCGUUAGAAAUUAUAUUUGGAAAGCUGGAGGGGCAAAAUGGUAAAGAACCACAAGUUUUAAUAUCCCCAGCAUCAGGGACAGAAGAAAGUGGAGCAACCACACACUUUGCGUCGACCGUUUCCUUCCCUAGCUUGCAAACAUUGUGUAUGAAGGAUCUACCCAAAUUAAAGCACGUAUGGAGCUAUGACCAAGAACCCAAAACAGUUUUCAAUUUUCAAAAUCUGCAAAACAUAAAUGCUUGGAGAUGUAAGAGUUUGAAAAGUUUAUUUCCAAUCUCGGUCAUCAAUUGUCUCAAGCAAUUGCAAUUACUUGAGAUUGAGGAUUGUGGGGUGGAGGAAAUUGUUGUAGUUGAAAGAGGAGGAGAAGCAGUAGCAAUUAGGACAUUGGUGUUCCCUCAAGUAACCCAGUUGAAGUUUAGCUAUUUAGGGAGACUCAAGUGGUUUUGCAAAGGAGUGUAUGUUUCAAAAUGGCCGAUGCUGAAAGAGAUGACAAUUGAUGGAUGCGACAAAGUGGAGAUAUUUGCUUCAGAAGUUGUGAGCUUUGAAAAAACAGUUAAAGAUCAGAGGCAGUUCGAAAUGUCCAAUAUUAAACAACCCAUUUUCUUGGUGAAUGAGCACUCAUUCCCCAGCUUGGAGACACUGGAAAUUUCGAACAUGGAUUCAUUAGAAAUUAUAUUUGGAAAGCUGGAGGGGCAAAAUGGUAUAGAACCACAAGUUUUAAUAUCCCCAGAGUCAAGGACAGAAGAAAGUGGAGCAAUCACGAAUUUUGCAUCAACAGUUGCCUUCCCUAGCUUGCAAACACUGCGCAUGAAGGAUCUACACAAAUUAAAGCACGUAUGGAGUGAAUAUUCCAAAACAGUUUUCAAUUUUCAAAAUCUGGAAGUAAUACAAGCUGUGAGAUGUGAGAGUCUGAAAAGUUUAUUUCCAAUCUCGAUCAUCAGAUGUCUCGAGCAAUUGCAAGUACUUGAGAUUGAGAAUUGUGGGGUGGAGGAAAUUGUUGCAGUUGAAAGAGGAGGAGGAGGAGGAGAAGCAAUUAGGACUUUGGUGUUCCCUCAAGUAACCCAGUUGAAGUUUAGCGAUUUAUCGAGACUCAAGUGGUUUUGCCAAGGAGUGUAUGUUACAAAAUGGCCGAUGCUGAAAGAGAUGACAAUUGAUGGAUGCGACAAAGUGGAGAUAUUUGCUUCAGAAGUUGUGAGCUUUGAAAAAACAGUUAAAGAUCAAAGGCAGUUCGAAAUGUCCAAUAUUAAACAACCCCUUUUCUUGGUGAAUGAGCACUCAUUCCCCAGCUUGGAGACACUGGAAUUUUGGGACAUGGAUUCGUUAGAAAUUAUAUUUGUAAAGCUGGAGGGGCAAAAUGGUAAAGAACCACAAGUUUUAAUAUCCCCAGCGUCAGGGACAGAAGAAAGUGGAGCAACCACACACUUUGUGUCAACCAUCGUGUUCCCUCAAGUAACCCAGUUGAAGUUCAGCGAUUUACCGAGACUCAAGUCGUUUUGCCAAGGAGUGUAUGUUACAAAAUGGCCGAUGCUGAAAAAGAUGAAAAUUGAAAGAUGCGAGAAAAUUGAGAUUUUUGCUUCAGAAGUUGUGAGCUUUGAAAAAACAGUUAAAGAUCAGAGGCAGUUCGAAAUGUCCAAUAUUAAACAACCCCUUUUCUUGAUGAAUGAGCACUCAUUCCCCAGCUUGGAGACACUGGAAUUUUGGGACAUGGAUUCGUUAGAAAUUAUAUUUGGAAAGCUGGAGGGGCAAAAUGGUAAAGAACCACAAGUUUUAAUAUCCCCAGAGUCAGGGACAGAAGAAAGUGGAGCAAUCACAAAUUUUGCAUCAACAGUUGCCUUCCCUAGCUUGCAAACACUGCGCAUGAAGGAUCUACACAAAUUAAAGCACGUAUGGAGUGAAUAUUCCAAAACAGUUUUCAAUUUUCAAAAUCUGGAAGUAAUACAAGCUGUGAGAUGUGAGAGUCUGAAAAGUUUAUUUCCAAUCUCGAUCAUCAGAUGUCUCGAGCAAUUGCAAGUACUUGAGAUUGAGAAUUGUGGGGUGGAGGAAAUUGUUGCAGUUGAAAGAGGAGGAGGAGGAGGAGAAGCAAUUAGGACUUUGGUGUUCCCUCAAGUAACCCAGUUGAAGUUUAGCGAUUUAUCGAGACUCAAGUGGUUUUGCCAAGGAGUGUAUGUUACAAAAUGGCCGAUGCUGAAAGAGAUGACAAUUGAUGGAUGCGACAAAGUGGAGAUAUUUGCUUCAGAAGUUGUGAGCUUUGAAAAAACAGUUAAAGAUCAAAGGCAGUUCGAAAUGUCCAAUAUUAAACAACCCCUUUUCUUGGUGAAUGAGCACUCAUUCCCCAGCUUGGAGACACUGGAAUUUUUGAACAUGGGUUCGUUAGAAAUUAUAUUUGGAAUGCUGGAGGGGCAAAAUGGUAAAGAACCACAAGUUUUAAUAUCCCCAGCAUCAGGGACAGAAGAAAGUGGAGCAACCACACACUUUGCGUCGACCCUCUCGUUUCCGAGCUUGAAGAAGUUGCACAUUCGGUGGAUGUGUAAGUUGGAAAUUAUAUGGCAGGAUCAAGUCACCGCGACUUCUUUUCCCAAUAUUCAAGAAUUGGACAUUCUUAGUUGUGACAAGUUGUUGCACGUCUUUCAAUCUAAGUUGCAUACAACAACAACAACAUUGAUGCAAAGUCUGACUAGUCUACGUAUAUGGUGCUGUGAUUCAUUAGAAACUAUAUUUGGAAAUAUGGAGGGGCAAAAUGGUAAAGAACCACUAGUUUUAAUAGCUCCAAGUUCAGGUACGGAAGAAAGUGUAGCGAGAGAAGACGGAAUAGCCAGAUAUAUUGAGUUCCCCAUACUAACUGAAUUGUCACUCUAUGGAUUGCCAAAACUCAAGUGGAUUUUCGAAGGGGUGCAUACUAAUUUGAAAUCAUGGCCUUCAUUGAAAACAUUAUUCCUGGAGGAAUGUGGUGAACAAGUGAACAAAAUGAUUUGGGCUUCAAAUUUUGCAAGCAGCAGUAGUAGUCAAGAGAACCAACUCCAUACUUGGAUUCAACAACCCACUUUUCAGUCACGGAGUCUUAAGUACACCAAAGCUAACAGCAGUAUAUGAUGAUUGCAGUUGGAUUUCGAAGCGGAAUUUGUAUUGGGAGGAUGACCUUAAUACCACCACACGUUGUCUUUGGGAGGAGUCAAAUCAAUAUGAUACUCGAUUGUUAUUUAGAGAAAGGGUUGAGAAUUCGGAAGGAGAUGAAGAUCAUCCUUAAUAUGCAUGCAGCAGCUGGAUUAAUGUAGCUUUUCAAUGCAGAAUUUGUGGAUUCAAUGGUGAUGUUCUUUCUUUUGAUGAAGUCAGUGGGGGUAGAGGACCCUUCAUUCCCAUUAAUGUUUAAUUAUGGUUUGCUUGUUUUAUUAUGUCUUCUUUUUUUUCAAAUCUCUCCUAUAUGUACGAGAGAAUGCCAAAAAACAAAAGUUUGACAUUGUAUUGAUUUGAUAUAACUCCUCAUGAAGUACUGUUGUUAACAACUCCGAUGUUGCCAACAAAUAAACUUGAAUUAUUUUGAUUA